AGCGUUUUGAACAGAGAGAGGGGGGGGACCAGGGAAGGGGGAGAGUGGGAUUUACAUCCAAAGCGGUGCUUUUGCCUGUUUGAAGCCGGUUGUAAGGAACUGAAAUCAGGGAGAAAAUGGGACAACCUUUUCUGCAGUCUGUCUUCCUGUUACUCAACGUGCUUUUUGGUGUAGCUUCGGGCGCUUUCCCCAGCAAUGUCCAAAUAGGCGGACUGUUCUCAAGAAGUACAGAUCAGGAAAAUAGCGCCUUUCGGUUCGGGAUUUACCUUCACAACACAAACCCUAACAUCUCCGAAGCGCCUUUCGCUCUCACUCCACAUGUCGACAACCUCGAGUCUUCCAACAGUUUCUCAGUGACCAAUGCUUUUUGUUCACAGUAUUCCAAAGGCGUUUAUGCCAUUUUUGGGUUCUAUGAUAAGAGAUCUGUGAACACGCUAACGUCUUUCUGUGGAGCAUUACACACAUCCUUCAUCACUCCAAGCUUCCCCACGGAAGGAGAAGUUCAGUUUGUAAUUCAACUGAGGCCACCACUGCAAGGAGCACUAUUAAGCCUUCUUAUCCACUACAAAUGGGAGAGAUUUGUCUACCUGUAUGACACAGACAGAGGAUAUUCCAUCCUUCAGGUAAUCAUGGAAGCUGCCGUUCAGAAUAACUGGCAAGUUACAGCAAAAUCAGUUGGAAGCAUCACUGAUGUGAUGGAAUAUAGAAGAAUCUUUGAGGAAAUGGACAAAAGACAAGAAAGAAGAUAUUUAAUAGACUGUGAACUAAACAGACUAAAUGCUAUUCUGGAUCAGGCGGUAAAUGUUGGUAAAAACAUCCGAGGCUACCACUACAUGUUGGCUACUCUGGGCUUCUCUGAUCUCGUACUUGAUAAAUUUAUUGAGACAGGAGUCAAUGUCACUGGCUUCCAGCUUGUGAAUUAUGACAAUCCAAUGGUGCAAAAAUUUAUGCAGAGGUGGACAAAGCUAGAUCAGAGAGAGUAUCCUGGAACUGCUGCCAGCACGUUAAAGUUUACCGCUGCUUUGACCUAUGAUGGAAUAUUCGUCAUAGCUGAAGCUUUUCGUUAUCUACGAAGGCAACGGAUUGAUAUCUCAAGAAGAGUAACUACUGGAGACUGUUUAGCCAAUCCUGCAGUACCUUGGAGCCAAGGAAUUGAUAUAGAACGGGCUUUAAAACAGGUACGAGGCAGAGGGCUGACAGGAAAUCUACAAUUUGACAACUACGGACGUAGAUCAAACUAUACCAUCGAUGUUUAUGAACUAAGACCUUCUGGACCUCGCAAGAUUGGGUAUUGGAACGAAUAUGAAAGACUGGUGACCAUCGCUGAUAUGCAACAGAUGAAUGAAUCGACUUCAGCCGAAAACAGAACAAUAGUAGUCACAACUAUAAUGGAAUCACCGUAUGUAAUGCUGAAGAAAAAUCAUGAACAAUUUGAUGCAAAUGAUAGAUAUGAAGGCUAUUGUGUGGAUUUAGCUUUUGAAAUAGCCAAGCAUGUUGGCAUUAAAUAUAAACUGUCUGUUGUCCCUGACGGUAAAUAUGGAGCUAGAGAUCCUGAAACUAAAAUCUGGAAUGGAAUGGUGGGUGAACUAGUAUAUGGGAGAGCUGACAUUGCUGUUGCACCACUCACUAUAACUUUGGUCCGAGAAGAAGUUAUUGACUUUUCCAAACCUUUCAUGAGUCUUGGUAUUUCAAUAAUGAUAAAGAAGCCCCAAAAGUCCAAGCCAGGAGUGUUCUCUUUCUUGGAUCCUUUGGCCUAUGAGAUUUGGAUGUGCAUAGUCUUCGCCUACAUUGGAGUCAGCGUAGUGCUUUUCCUGGUCAGCAGAUUCAGUCCUUAUGAAUGGCAUAUGGAAGAAAAUGAAGAAGGACGUGACCCCCAAAAUACUGAGCCACCUAAUGAGUUUGGGAUAUUUAAUAGUCUCUGGUUUUCUCUGGGUGCCUUUAUGCAGCAAGGAUGCGAUAUUUCACCAAGAUCCCUCUCUGGGCGAAUUGUUGGAGGCGUCUGGUGGUUCUUCACUUUGAUUAUAAUCUCGUCGUACACUGCCAACCUUGCUGCUUUUCUCACUGUGGAGAGAAUGGUUUCUCCAAUAGAAAGUGCAGAGGAUCUUGCGAAACAAACAGAAAUUGCCUAUGGAACAUUGGAUUCAGGUUCUACCAAAGAAUUUUUUCGACGCUCAAAAAUAGCAGUAUAUGAAAAAAUGUGGUCCUACAUGAAAUCUGCCGAACCAUCUGUGUUUACCAAAACAACAGCUGAUGGAGUUGCCAAAGUUCGAAAAUCAAAAGGAAAGUUUGCCUUCUUGCUAGAAUCAACAAUGAAUGAAUACAUUGAGCAGAGGAAGCCAUGUGACACCAUGAAAGUAGGAGGGAACCUGGAUUCGAAAGGAUAUGGAGUGGCAACGCCUAAAGGAGCAUCAUUAAGAAAUGCUGUUAACCUCGCAGUAUUAAAACUGAAUGAACAAGGCCUCUUGGACAAAUUGAAAAACAAAUGGUGGUACGACAAAGGAGAGUGCGGCAGCGGGGGAGGUGACUCCAAGGACAAGACAAGUGCCCUGAGCCUGAGCAAUGUGGCUGGAGUCUUCUACAUUCUGGUUGGAGGACUUGGUUUGGCAAUGAUGGUGGCUUUAAUAGAAUUCUGUUACAAGUCCAGAGCAGAGGCGAAGACACUGAAGCUCACUUACACUGAUGCCACGCAAAAUAAAGGAACACUGUCCAUAUUUGGGAGCAUUGGAGAAAACGGCCGUGCCAUGACCCCUGACUACCUGCAGUCACCGCACGCUGUACCAGGUGUCAGACAUGGUACCAGAGUGGCUGAUGGUGCACCAGACUUUUCAUAAAAAACUGAAUACUCCUUCAGUGCCUUAUGGAACAUAAUGGAGAAUCACAACAAUGCAACUCAUCAUUCUGAAUCACAAUAAGAGUCUAGCUUGCUUGAAAAUACAGGACAGAGUUUAAAAAAUGAAUCAAGCUUCUCUGUGAAAUUAUAUACUGAAAUAAAAUCAAUUUAGUUCAGCAAAAAGCCAUCAUUUGAUAACACAACUAUUGCAGAGAAAAGGUUUCAUGUAUAAAAUAUCUGAACAAUAAUAUUGAAAUUUAUUACUUUGAGUGCCAAGGUAGUUUCCUUGUACCAAAUAAAAUUAAAAAUUGGAAAGGAACUUGAAAGAAAUGUGCAACAUAAAUUAAAUGUAUAAAAUCUGUUCCUUUAAUGAAUGAUUCAUUAACAAAUAAUGGCAAUUUUAAAAAUUACAUAAUUCCUUCAAGUACAAAGGUUAAAUUCUUACAUGAUAUCUUUUCUGUGAGAGAAGAACCAUAAUUGUAAGUUUUUUUAAUUAAAUUCAGGCUGUUCAGUGAAGUACCUACAUACUAAUUACCUCUGUUAAUAUUACAAGAUGGGAAUUCAGUGGGUUAGCAUCCAAUCUGUGUGGAAGAGAAGAAAGCGGCUAUCAAGAUGUCAACAGAAUGUGAACAAUCAUGUACAAUGAAAUGGCCUACUUUUAUAUAGGAGCAAAUGUGUUUAACCAUUUCCUCCCUGAAUAUUUUCAAGUGUCUGAUUAUUGAGAAGAUUUAAUUUGAAUCAAGAGUGAAUUGAUCAGGUGAGAAAGGGUUAAUCAAAGCUCCACAGAUAAAGUAUCUAUAGGAAAACAAAAAAAUAAUUUUUUAAAGGAUUAUAUGAACAGAACCAAUGUAGAUUUAUCAACUUGUGUCAGUUUUCAAGAGUGAUCAACUUCAUAGAGGUGAAGGAUUUGAGUUCUUUUCAUUCUUUUUAAACUUGCAUGAUUGCCUACACUUCCUGCUAUUAACUUCAAGCUAUAGAAGUUAAGCUGUAGUCACUUAAAAAAUUUUUUUGUUAAAACUGCACUUCAGCAAACACAGAAAUGUUAACAAGCAAAAUAGCAAAUAUUUAAAGCAUAAAAAUGCAUG